AAAUACUGAUGACGAAAGCAUAGAUUUAGAAGAAAUAGAUAAUAGUCAUGAAAGUCCUGUUAUUAGUGCUAGCUCUGCAAUUGCUAGCUUGAAAACCGUACAUACAUUUCUUCUUCAACAGGACAACGCGGAGGAAUAUAUAAA